UAGAAUAUGUAAACAACCAAAAAUUCCUUACUACACUGAACGCGCAAAACAUUAGUUGAAAUAGUAUACUUUCGAGUUUAAAACUAAAUAAUGCUAUGCUCCUUUUUGUACUGUUACUUGUUAGCUGUUGUAACAGCAAACUUCACAGAUAAAGAAUGGAAAAACAACUGGUUUCCAGAGCCUCCUGCAGAUAUCACAAGAGCCACGACUGUCGUUACCACGGGAUUUUCCAACAAGAUAGAGUCAGUCCGAAAUGAUCAUUUUGGUCGAAUUGCUAUGGGUGUUCAGAAUGCGGAAUGCGAUGAUGCCAAAACCAAUUUAAAGAUUGACUUUGAUCCGUACAACAUAAGUCACUCCACAGUAUACCUAUGUUUGGAUAACAAACGGGAUUACCGCGGGGAUUACAAUAUGGAACCGCUGAUUACACUUUUCGACGUUCCUAAAGCUUACGUGGCUAUUCACAGAUGUAUGAAUGAAAGCAUUGAAUAUGACAAUGGUAUUCCUACUUAUGGAACUCACCGUCCGUUGUGGGCACGGUAUGGCGAAUACAAAUAUGUGCCGCCACAGCGAUGGCUGCAUAACAGUGAGCAUGGAGCUGCAAUAGCUCUGUUCCACCCUUGUGCCAACAAACAUCAGAUAGAAGAAUUGAAGCAAAUCGUAAAGGGUUGCCUUUACCGGCAUAUUAUUACACCCUCGGAUCUUCCCUCCAAAGAUCGUCCCUUUGCCAUUGUAACGUGGAACACAUUGCUGGAAUUUUCAGUUUUACAGCGCGAAAUAGUGGAAGCUUUUAUCAGACAGUAUGCUCUGAAAGGUCCAGAACAACUUUCGAGGGAUGGCCAAUACGAGGAACUAUUACUAGAGCCGGCACAAGUUGUCUCAACCAUUGAGGAUGAGGUUAUUUGCCCGAAACAUCGUCGAAGAGACUAACAGAAAAUUGAUACGCACUACUUUAUCAAAAGUAACAAAAGGUAAAAAUAUUUGGACGAACAUUUAUUCUAUUACAAUAUGAGGUGAAUUUUGAAUUCAUUACUGUAAUCACAAAUUUAAACAGAUAUUGUAAAAUAUACGUGCAAUAUAACGUAGCAAA